AUGGAACUUCCAGAAAUUUCUUAUAAAAAAUCUGAUUUUAUUGAAACAACAUCAGGCAAUAAAGUUUGUCGUCGUUCAAUAAUGUGUGGCUCACAGAAUAUUGUUCUUCAAGGUAAAACAAUUGUUAUGGCUGAUUGUAUUGUUCGUGGAGAUUUAGCUGCCGUUAAAAUUGGUAAAAAUUGUGUUAUUGGAGAAAAAUGUGUUAUUCGACCACCAUUUAAAAAAUUUGCUAAAGGUGUAGCUUUUUUUCCUAUGCAAAUAGGUGAUCAUGUUUUUAUCGAAGAUGAAUGUGUUAUUAAUGCAGCAUCAAUUGGUUCCUAUGUACACAUUGGAAAAAAUAGUGUUAUUGGACGACGUUGUAUAAUUAUGGAUUGUUCAUAUAUUUUACCAAAUAGUGUAAUUCCACCUGAAACAGUUAUACCAUCAUAUACGAUUUAUGGGGGAUCACCAGCAGCUUAUGUAGAAGAUUUUCCUGAAACAGCAAAAGAAUUAAUGAUUGAUGUAACACAAUCGUUUUAUCAAAAUUUUAAACCAAUUGUUUGA